AGCAUAUCAACAAUUAGAAAAUGCUCUCUUAAAUUAAUACACAAAUAAGGUUAAUGUGAUAGGGUAACCUUAUCCAAUAGGGCCUUAAAAGGAAAUGUUAGUAAACUGUCUAACAUAUAUUCAAUAUGGAUCCUUAAUAGUCUUAGUGCUAUUUGAUUCUAUAUUAUCAAAUAAGAUUUCAUUAUGGCAGUAAUACAUUAGUCCACACAAGAUGAGAGCAGGAAUUAUGAUAUUCAUUGGAUUUAAUUUCAUCAUUUAGAAUUUAUAAUCCACAGGAGCAUUUGAAGUAACAAUAAAUGGAUAACUUGUACACUCUAAACUAACAACAGGAUAAAUGCCAACUGUUAAAUAAAUUUCAGACUUUGUAAGUUCUAUAGUAUGAAAAACUAAAAAUAUAGCAUAAUUAGAAUGACAAAUUUUAG